CGCAGAUUUCUCUCCCCCCUCCCGCUUCCACUUAAGGAAAAGAUAAAAAAAAUUAGGAACAUAUUUGCUAAGCACGUCCCGGUAGCAUCUUCCUUAUAUAAGAGACUUUCCUCGGGGUGAGGCACACAUUCCGUCCGUCGUCCUUUAAUCUUUCGCGUUCCCAAAGCCAAUUACAACCCCACCAACGAAGAACGUGAAAUCUCAGGAAAAUUUACCUCGAGAUUCUCCCUUCUUCAUCACUUCCAAUCCCUUCCGACUUCUCUCUCCUUCAUUCACAUUACCGCCAAAAUGGUUGAGAUGGUUGAUACCGGUGUCACCUAUGAGCAGCUCGCCGACCUCGAGCGCGAGUUCGAGGAGGUUGAGAACCAGAUCGUCCGCAAGCAGUACGAGCUCUCGAAGCCUCUGUACGAGAAGCGCGCCGCCGUCAUCUCCAAGAUCCCCAACUUCUGGGCUCUCGUCUUCGAGCAGUCCCCCGCCGAGAUCGACGAGCACAUCCAGCCCUCCGACGCUGCCCUGCUCCUCUCCUCCCUGAAGAACGUCGCCGUCUCGCGCCCCGAGAUCGACAACGGCCAGGCCAAUGGGGACCCUCGCAGCCUGACCAUCCGCUUCGAGUUCAACGAGAACGAGUACUUUGAGGACACCGUCGUUGAGAAGACCUUCUGGUACCGCCACUCCAAGUCCUACUCCGGCCUCGUCUCCGAGCCCGUCGACAUCAAGUGGAAGGACGGCAAGGACCUCACCGAGGGCCUCCUGUCCCUCGCCAAGAAGGUCUAUGACCAGGGCCCCAUCACCCCCGGCAAGCUGACCCCCGAGGCCGAGGCUCUCAAGAGCAAGGUCGAAGAGACUGGCAUGGGCGGCGUCUCCUUCUUCACCUUCUUCGGCUUCGUCGGCAAGCGCAUCUCCCCUGAGGAGAGCGCCGCCACCCUCGCCAAGGAGCUUGCCGACCUUCAGGCCCGCAAGGAGGGCAAGAAGACGGACGAAGAGGAGGAGGAUGACGAGGAGGAGGAGGCCAAGGACCAGGUCCAGUUCGAGCUCGAGAUCUGCCCCGACGGCGACGACAUCGCCGUCGCCAUCGCCACCGACCUGUGGCCCGAGGCGCUCCACUACUUCACCCAAGCCCAGGAGGCCGCCGAGAUGUCUGACGCCGAGUUCGAGUCCGACGACGAGGACGACGAGGACGAGGAGAUGGGCGACGCCGACGAGACCACCCCCAACAAGAAGCGCAAGGCUUAGAUGAUGAACCAUUAUGAUGAGACGCCCAAUUCCCCCAUUUUCCCCCAUUUCCCUCGCCUUUUUACCCCCCCUCUUAGAUAUAAAAUUCCUGGUGAUACCACGAUUCAUUCCCUGGAUAGGGGAAGCUAUCAAUGCAAAACUCCUUUUUUUUUUGUCACACUUAUCUUC